AUGAACGAAUUGUAUCUUCUUCUGUUAGUUACCUUGUAAAUAUUACUAUUUAGAAUUAUAUUUAAAAGCAACAUAAAAAAGUCACUAUAAAUAAAAUUAAUAAUUAUUAUGGAUUAUAUUAUCCAAAAAAUAGAACAAGUUUAGAUAAUUUCUUCAUAAAAAAUUAAAGAUUAGAUAGAGUAUAAGUUACAAUUCUUUGUGUUGAAAUUUUAAAGCCUAAUAAGCAAUCUCAAUUCUAAUAAAUUGAAAGAGAGUCCGGAUUAAAUUUUUGAUAAAAUAAUUAUUCACAUACAUAUAUAUAUCUUUAUUUAUUUUUAUAAAGAUGAAAGCUAGGAUUUGUAGCAAUUUCUUCUAUAUUGUAUCAAAAAUACACAAGUUAAUGGGCAAAUAACUUAAAAGUAGUACCUAUACCUUAUCUUAUCAAAUGAUUAUAGGAUGAUUCCUCAAAAUCCAAUUUGA